AUGAAAAUCAAGCUGUACAAACGCGUCUGGAUCACCAUAGCUGACCCAGCUCUAGCACACAAGGUUCUCACCACGCAUGGAGCACAAGCAUCCUACAGACCGCACAUGAACUUUUCCUAUAGGCUGUUUAGUGGAGGAGGAAAUAAUAUAGGAUUCGGACAACCAGGCGAGAUUUGGAAUAGAAACAGAGCUGCAGGAGGUGCUGAUUUGGUGCAGAGAUUAUUGGACUAUGCUGAGCGCGAUGGCACUGUGGAUCCCCUCAACCAUCUAAAACUCAACUACUUGAACUGUAUUUUCGGUAAAUGUUUUGGUAGAACCUUCAAAAGCAUCGAAGACGAAGAGUUUCUAGUGAUUACAGGCAUGGUGGAGGAUACCAUGAAAUUUUUGGCCGUGGAAGCAGAUCUCACCAACUACUUUCCCUUCCUUGAAAGCUUUGAUUUUUUGAAUGGCGGCAUUGUCAACAAGAUGCGAGAGCUCAUGAACAAGCGACAUCCUCUUUUCAUGCAGUAUGUUAAGGAAAUAGAAUCAAAAGAGGGACAUAACUUUGUCAAGGCGUUAAAUGAAGGCGAAUUUAACUUUAGCGACGACGACAAAGUCUUAUUCCUGUUUGAAAUGGUUGUAGCAGGCUCUGACAACCUUGCAAUCACAACGGAGGUGAUGCGAUGGAGAUCAGCUACAUUCUUUGGUAUCAGCCACAGUGUGAUUGAAGACUUGGUUGUGGAUGGCUAUCUGUUCCCCAAGGAUUCCAUCAUCAAUGUUACUAUGAUAAGUGUGCAUAUGGACUCUCAUUUUUACAAGAACCCCGAGGAGUUCAGUCCAGAGAGAUAUCUGCCAAAUGUCAAAUCGCUACAUGCUGCAGCAAGUGGCAAGUUUGAAGAGCGUGAUACCUUUGUAUUUGGAUUUGGAAGAAGACUCUGUCCCCGGCAUACAUUUAAUAAGUGCUAUUAG